GUCUGUAGCACUUCGACUCUCCCGGUGGAAUAUCAACGAACUUUGCUCGGGGGCAUACAAAAGGGGCUCCCUUCUUGGCGUUGUCCCUUCAAACACUCCCCGCCCCCUGGCGGCUUUUCUCAACCCGCUCAAGACGCCCGAGUGCCCAAGCCCCCCCGCGCUAUCCGCCCUCGUCGAACUAUCGCACUUCAUCGAGGAAUGCGACCGGCGGUACAAGCGUAUUGAGCAGCCUCAUAGAAAAGGCAUAGCAAAAUCUCCAUCUCGGCACCCGGCGGCUUAACCCCUCCUCCGACUGCGGAUUCGUCGCUAUACAACUACCCAUCAUGGCUGACGCCUUCGCACCGCGCUCGAUGAAGCGCAAGAACGUCAAGGGUCUCGCUCUAAAGGCACCUGCCCCGAAACCUCCGCCGACAGCUGAGACCGCCGCCCGCCCCGCGAAUGGCAAGGGCGAUGAUAACGCCGCGCAACUAGAAAUCGGGAUCGAGUUCAACUUGGAUCUAAAACCCGACGAUCUUGAGAUCAUCAAGGAUCUCGGCGCUGGUAAUGGCGGGACAGUCAGCAAAGUCAAGCAUAUCCCCACGAACACAGUUAUGGCGCGAAAGAUUAUCCACGUCGAGGCGAAAAAGGAAAUGCGGAAACGCAUCGUUCGCGAGUUGCAAAUCAUGCACGGGUGCCAUUCGGACUACAUCGUCACCUUCUACGGCGCAUUCCUCAACGAGAACAACGAUGUGAUCAUGUGCAUGGAGUAUAUGGAUGUCGGAUCCCUCGACCGUAUCUCGCGAGUCUUCGGACCCGUCCGUGUGGAUGUUCUGGGUAAAAUCGCCGAGGCAACUCUCGGUGGGCUCACCUACCUUUACUCGAAACACCACAUCAUGCACCGCGACAUCAAGCCGUCGAAUAUUCUCGUCAACUCUCGAGGUUAUAUCAAACUCUGCGACUUCGGCGUGUCCGGAGAGCUUGUCAACUCGGUUGCCGACACGUUCGUUGGCACAUCCACCUACAUGGCCCCUGAGAGAAUUCAGGGUGAGAGGUACACGGUGAAGUCGGACGUGUGGAGCUUCGGUCUUAGCAUUAUGGAACUGGCAAUCGGCAAGUUCCCGUUCGCAGCGAGCGAGCAGUUAUCGGAUGCGGAGAGUGCGCCAGCUGGUAUUCUCGAUCUGCUCCAGCAAAUUGUGCAUGAGCCGGCACCCCAACUGCCCAAGAGCGAUGCUUUCCCGCAGAUCCUCGAGGACAUGAUCCAGAGGUGUCUCUACAAGGAACCUGAUAGGCGGCCAACACCACAGGAUCUUUUUGAUCGAGACCUAUUCGUACAAGCAGCCAAGAGGACGCCCGUUGACCUGAGAGAAUGGGCCUGCGGCUUGAUGGACCGAGACAACCGCAAGUCCCACCUGGCACCCCAACUCUCACCGGCGACCCAAGAUCUCCUACGCUCAAGUGACUCGCCACAGCAGACACCAACUUCAUCGUACCGAAACGACCAGCGUCAAGCGGCCGACCCCGCCAACUUGGCCGCCCAGGUAGACCGUCUGUACAUCCGGGAAUGGGAUCAGGAUUAAGGGCUCUAGGGAUGUGUCCGAGAGGGGCCUGUGAGGAGAGACCCAGGUUUUGUUCCUCGGCGCUGACACUGCGGUUCCCUACGGUCCUCUCUAGCUAGGGGGUCGCUUCACGUUAAACAUUCCAGCAUUUACCGGCGUCAGCUUACCCAUCUCUUUAUUUUCGUUUCUCUCUGCUCUCUCGAUGUGGUCUUUCUGGCCAAACAAUGGUGGUUACGUUUCCGCUCG